UUCUCAGACUCUUCUGUGUUGUAGGUAGACGUGUCUGUGAUGUGACUGAGUUUCAUCUUGUGCACAUUAUUCAUCUGUGGACAUUUUUCUUGUUUGAAGUCACAGACGAGAGCAGCAGCUACUAUGAGUGUAACUGCAGCAGCCAGUGGAUUUGUUGUCCUUCUUCUCACUGUGACAGUGGUACAGUGUGAGAAUGGCUGGGAUGUGAGUUACACUUCUACUGAGAUCUGUGCCGUCAGAGGAUCAACAGUGGACAUUACCUGUACCUACACAUACCCAUCCACAGUUAAUAACCAUGAUACUACAGUUCAGGAAACUUUCUGGUUCAUUAAAGAGAGUAAUGGGAUUCACGUUGAUCUAAGGACUGAUCCGGAGUAUUCAGGUCGUGUGGAGAAUCUCUGUGGAAACAACAAGUGCACUCUGAGAAUCACUAACCUGAGAGAGAGCGACUCAGCUGUGUACAAGUUCAGGUUCACAACAAACCAACCUACUGGGAGUUUAACUGGUUCAGCUGGAGUCACUGUUUCUGUCACAGGUUUGCAUGUGCAGACAGAGUUUCCUGUGCUGUUAAAGGACUCGAGGAUUUCCGCUCUCCGUCAAUGUUGGUAUGGAGUCAGAAUGGCUGGGAUGUUGAAUCACCGUGAUACUACAGUUCAAGAAACUUUCUGGUUCAUUAAAGAGAGUAAUGGGAUUCACGUUGAUCUAAGGACUGAUCCAGAGUAUUCAGGUCGUGUGGAGAAUCUCUGUGGAAACAACAAGUGCACUCUGAGAAUCUCUAACCUGAGAGAGAGCGACUCAGCUGUGUACAAGUUCAGGUUCACAACAAACCAACCUACUGGGAGUUUUACUGGUUCAGCUGGAGUCACUCUGUCUGUCACAGACCCUCAGCUCCAGGUACAUGUGAGGAGAUCAACAGCCAAUCCAUCUUCUACCUGGACAGAGCUGACCUGUCACAGCAGGUGUCAGCUCCCUGAUCAUCUUUCCUACGUUUGGUACAAUAACAAUAAACCUGUUGGACAAAAAAAAUACUUUCACCUCCGACACUUUAAUGCUGAAGACAGCUAUCAUUGUGCUAUAGAAGGACAGGAGCGUUUCCCAUCUCCUACAGUGUACGCUCCAAAGCCUCCCUCUGUGUCAGUGAGUCCCUCUGGUGAGAUCAUGGAGGGCAGCUCGGUGACUCUGACCUGCAGCAGUGAUGCUAACCCAGCAGCUAACUACACCUGGUACAAGGCGGACGAGGACUCACCAACAGCAUCAGGACAAAUCUUCACCAUCACUAAUAUCACAGCUGAACAUGGUGGAAAGUAUCAGUGUGAGGCCCAGAACACACACGGACGUAGUAAGGCCACCUUACAUCUGACUGUUGGAGCAGGGAAGUCAGUGAUAAUCAUGAAUAUCAUCAGGCUGACUCUGGUGGUCGUGCUGGUUCCAGUGCUUGUCUGGACUCUGUGGACGAGGAUGAAAAAGACUCUGAGCUUGAAAUCAGAAGUGAAUGAAGCUGUGGAGAUGAUAGAGUCACACAACUGUCCUGAUUAUGAGAACGUUGCUGCUGCAGCACAGACAGAGGACACAGAGGAGCAGGAAGACCUGGUGUGAAGCAUCAGGUGCACUGUGAUUGGUUGAAAGUAUGUUGAAGGCGACAGGAGGUAUCUCUCUUUCCAUCCCCGAGUUGCAGAAUCAGCAGUUUGUGCAGCAUGACCGUUAGAGCAAGAGUAUUGUUGUGUUUUUUAUUUUCUUUUUCUUUGUGAUGGGUCCAGUUGUCCAGUUUCCGCAGCUUUAUUUCUGUGAGCUUUAGUUCUGAUGUGGGUUUAGGUUAAAGGAAGAUUCUCAGAUCCUACGACCCUUUGUGGGUUGGUGUGUUGGGUUUUCCUUCUUUUGUCCAUUUUGCCGGCCUUUUGUUGAAGUUGUUGUCUUUUCUGCAAUAAUUAUUAUGAAACCAAGGCCAGUAGCUGCUUCACUGUAAAAUGUUUUCACAAUGCUAAAAUUUAUGCAAGAAUAUCUAUUCCUUUCUUUUCCUUUUGAGAUUGAAUUCGUGUAUGUGUAAUAUAUCAUAAUGUGCUGUUGGGAAAUGUUUUUUGUGCAACCACAGACGGCCUAUUUUCGGCCUAUAUGUGUUGUCAAAGCCUUAAAACAAGUAUGGCCUUUGUCUUGAGAAAGCCUCCCGAACUCAGUCUCCCAGGGUGCAACAGGUUCCAUUGUUCUGAAAGAAGCCAGAGCACAGGGAACUCACUCUCCCAGGAUUCCUCAACUUAACACAGAGGGGUGAAAAAACCCCAGGGUCAACUCCUAUUGGUCACACUGGCCCCUGACCAGUGAGGUCACCAGGCCAAUAUAAGGAAAGGUUCCCCCCAAAUUCUUCUUCUUUCUCCAAUCCUUCUGAGGGCCAAAGGCUGUCCAGCUGUCUUCUCCUCCUGCAUCGGAGAGAGGGAGAAACCUGAUUUCUCCAGCUCAGCUCUUCUCUUCCCACCCAACGAGAGGUGGUCAGAGGUGCAGUUUCCAACUCAUCUCUUCAAGGAAACCUUUACGCAUCUCAAGCUUCUACAAACUCCUAGCAGCGACUCGAUGUCCUGUGGGUAAGAUUCAACGGCAACUGAACUGCACAGCCACAACAGAAUCGCGAAUGCAGAACCUUACCACACAAAGCCAGGAGAUGUCACAGAACUGCAAACGGCACAGCAACUUUCUCCCUUUCUAAUGACUGGUAACAUACUGGGCUUAAUAAUUAUACUAGACUAAGCCAGACUGUUUAUUUGAUUCUUUGCAGUGUUUAUAAGUUAUAUAUAUGUGGUGAUAUAGUGUUUAUAAGUUAAAUGAAAGUUAAUGUUAGUUACUGUCUAAACAGACUCAUUUAAAUAUGUUCCCGCUACCAGUUGUAAAACCACUUCUGAAGAAAAGGGGGGGGCUGGGAACUUUAGCGGGGCCAAACCACCAUUUUGUAAGCAAGCUAAGGAGGGUGUGAAUUUCAGUCAGCCAAUUUGGGAAGCACCCUAAUUUACACACACACACACACACUCACAUACACAUCUUUGUAUGGCUAGUACGUUUGUUAGUAAUUUGUGUUUUUAUACUUUAUUAUAUUCAUAAUAAAUGCUUUUCUUUCACAAA